GGCCUGCCAGGCUUCCACGGAGCGCGGGACAGACCCCACUCACGCCCGAGACCCGCUCAGUGGAGGAGAGUUACCGAGUGCAGAGACUCACGUCCUGCAGUGCUGCCGAUGGGUGGACAGAGCGGCCGCCAGUGUCAUCCCCUUCUAGAGUCCAUUCAUGGUUUCCCCCCCAACCCCACUCGUGAUAGAACACCAUUCUGUGAUAGGCAAGGCUUGAGCUCUGAAGCGCGAACAGUCGGUCGGUGGGGGAAAAGACUCCUGACCACUAGUCUUCACGCUGGGCCCUAAGUGCUGCCCCAGCACUAUCUGCCGGGCGCCGAGCCAGUCGGUGCUCAGGGCCCGUCUAUAUUCGUCUCCUGGCCUCUCUCCUCGCCCUUCGCUGGCCAAGAAGGGUAGGGUUGGUGGAGUGGUGCCGAAGUGGCCGUUAUGAGGACCCUGAGAAGUGAAAGCGCUCGCCUUCUAUGGCGGAGGGGUGUCAACUUUAGACCUCAGAGCUUGCUCAGCAUCACUGAUUCCUUCCCCCAACUGUGUGGCCUGCACUGCCUGCCUCCAAUCAUGGCCAUGCAAAAAAUCUUUGCCCGAGAAAUCCUGGACUCCAGGGGCAACCCCACAGUGGAGGUGGACCUGCACACCGCCAAGGGUCGAUUCCGAGCAGCUGUGCCCAGCGGAGCUUCCACGGGUAUCUAUGAAGCGCUGGAACUAAGAGAUGGAGACAAAUCCCGCUAUCUGGGGAAAGGAGUGCUGAAGGCUGUGGAGCACAUCAACAAGACCCUAGGCCCUGCACUGCUGGAGAAGAAACUAAGUGUUGUGGAUCAAGAAAAAGUUGACAAAUUUAUGAUUGAGCUGGACGGGACAGAGAAUAAGUCCAAGUUUGGGGCCAAUGCCAUCCUGGGUGUGUCCUUGGCUGUGUGUAAGGCGGGAGCAGCUGAGAAAGGGGUCCCUCUCUACCGACACAUCGCAGAUCUUGCAGGGAAUCCUGAUCUCGUACUUCCUGUGCCUGCCUUCAACGUGAUCAACGGGGGCUCUCACGCUGGAAACAAGCUGGCUAUGCAGGAGUUCAUGAUCCUCCCAGUGGGAGCCAGCUCCUUCAAAGAAGCCAUGCGCAUUGGUGCCGAGGUCUACCACCACCUCAAGGGGGUCAUCAAGGCCAAGUAUGGGAAGGACGCCACCAAUGUGGGGGACGAGGGCGGCUUUGCACCCAACAUCCUGGAGAACAACGAGGCCCUGGAGCUGCUAAAGACAGCCAUUCAGGCAGCUGGUUACCCAGACAAGGUGGUAAUUGGCAUGGAUGUGGCAGCAUCUGAAUUCUAUCGCAAUGGGAAGUAUGACCUGGACUUCAAGUCACCCGACGAUCCUGCACGGCACAUCAGUGGGGAGAAGCUUGGGGAGCUGUACAAGAACUUCAUCAAGAACUAUCCCGUGGUCUCCAUUGAAGACCCCUUUGACCAGGAUGACUGGGCCACAUGGACCUCAUUCCUCUCUGGAGUGGACAUCCAGAUUGUGGGAGAUGACCUUACAGUCACCAACCCCAAGAGGAUCGCUCAGGCUGUUGAGAAGAAGGCCUGCAAUUGCCUGCUACUGAAGGUCAACCAGAUUGGCUCAGUGACAGAAUCCAUCCAGGCCUGCAAACUGGCACAGUCUAAUGGCUGGGGGGUGAUGGUGAGCCACCGCUCUGGGGAGACGGAAGACACUUUCAUUGCUGACCUCGUGGUGGGACUCUGCACAGGACAGAUCAAGACUGGUGCCCCAUGUCGUUCAGAGCGUUUGGCCAAAUACAACCAGCUUAUGAGGAUUGAGGAGGCUCUUGGAGACAAAGCUGUCUUCGCUGGACGAAAGUUCCGUAAUCCAAAGGCCAAAUGAGAAGCUGGAGGCUCCGGGACACCAAAGAACAGACACGGGCCUUCAAGCCCUUCUCCCUGAAAUAAACACUGCUAAACAAGA